UCCGCUGUCGGAGGCUAAGUAUUUUAGCGCUUCCGGACAUGCGCACAGUUUUGUGCCCAGGAAUUCCGUAACGUGGACGUGAGGUAGACCGGGCAUUGUUAUUUAAGAAUGGAAGAGGAUACAGAUUUUAGAAUCCGGUUUAGUUCUUUGUGUUUUGUUACUGAUCAUGUUGGAUUUCGUGGCACUAUAAAAAGCUCACCAAGUGAUUUUGUUGUUAUAGAGAUUGAUGAACAGGGACAAUUAGUUAAUAAGGCACCAAGUAAACUGAUUAGUAAAGUACUACCUGAGCCAAAUAACUUUGCCAAAAAGACAAAACUUGAUCUUCAGAAUUUAUCCUUUGAAGAGGGAAGCAACCAAGAAGUUAGUAUUUUUGCUGGGUGCUCUGGUGCUGAUCAAUAUCAUCAGUGUGGUUCAGAAAGGGAAGAUACUAUCAGUGAUGGAACUUCCAAAGGCGAAGAAGAAACAGUUGAUGUUUUAGGUACCUUGUUAGAUGAAAAAACUAACGAACUACUGAAUCACUUUGCCUGUGAUAUAAAAGAGAAGUGGAAUUCUAAAACUGAGCUAAUUGGAUCAUCUCCUGAAUUCUCAUUAGGCAGAAUCCUUGACAAAAACCAGAGGGCUCUUCUGCACAGUGCUAUUAGGCAGAAAUUUCCUUUUUUAAUAACUGUAGGUAAAAACAGUGAGAUUGUUGUAAAACCAAAUCUUGAGUAUAAGGAACUCUGUCACUUGGUAUCUGAAGAAGAAGCAUUUGACUUUUUUAAAUAUUUGGAUGCAAAAAAAGAAAAUUCCAAAUUUACUUUUAAACCUGAUACAAACAAAGACCACAGAAAAGCUGUCCACCAUUUUGUCAACAAAAAGUUUGGAAACCUUGUGGAAACCAAAUCUUUCCCUGAGCUCAAUUAUAGUGCUGGCAAUCCAAAUGUAGCAAUAACAGUAAGAUUUCGGGAAAAAACACACAAGCACAGGAAGAGGUCUCUUUUUGAGUACCGGGAUCAAAAAGUUAUAUAUACAGCCUUUACGCUACGGAAAGAAAAUCUGGAAAUGUUUGAAGCAGUUGGUUUUUUAGCUAUGAAACUUGGUGUGAUUCCUUCAGAUUUUAGUUAUGCAGGCCUUAAAGACAAGAAAGCUGUCACCUAUCAAGCAAUGGUUGUUAGAAAAGUGACUCCAGAGAGGUUGAAAAAUAUUGAAAAAGAAAUUGAAAAGAAAAAAAUGAAUGUGUUUAAUAUUCGAUCUAUAGAUGAUUCCCUUAGACUUGGUCAGCUCAAAGGAAAUCACUUUGAUAUUGUCAUCAGAAAUUUAAAAAACCAGAUAAAUGACUCUGCAAACCUGAAAGACAGAAUUUUAGAGGCAAUAGAAAAUGUUAAGAAUAAAGGGUUUGUAAAUUACUAUGGACCGCAGAGAUUUGGGAUGGGAAGGAAAGUUCACACUGACCAGAUUGGAUUGGCUUUGCUGAAGAGUGAAAUGGUGGAGGCUGUAAAAUUAUUUCUUACACCAGAAGAUUUGGAUGAUCCUGUAAACAGAGCAAAGAAAUAUUUUCUUCAAACUGAGGAUGCUAAAGGCACACUUUCAUUGAUGCCUGAAUUCAAAGUUCGAGAGAGAGCAUUGUUGGAGUCACUGCAUCGCUUUGGCAUGACGGAGGAGGGUUGUAUCCAGGCGUGGUUCUCUUUUCCCCAUUCUAUGCGCAUAUUCUACGUUCAUGCAUAUAGCAGUAAAAUUUGGAAUGAGGCAGUAUCCUACAGACUUGGAACCUAUGGGUCAAGAGUAGUAGAGGGUGAUUUGGUCUGUUUGGGUGAAGAUGUUGACGAUGAACAUUUCCCAAAUAAUAAAGUUCAUCUAGUAACUGAAGAAGAGGAAUCAGCUAACACAUAUGCAAUACAUCAGGUGGUUCUUCCAGUGCUUGGAUACAAUAUUCAAUACCCGAAGAACAAAGUAGGGCAGUGGUACCAGGAAAUACUUAGCAGAGAUGGACUACAGACAUGUAGGUUUAAAGUACCUACUCUGAAACUGAAUGUUCCAGGAUGCUACAGACAGAUAUUGAAAUGUCCCCACAAUGUCUCAUACCAACUAAAGGAAGAACAUGAUACUGAUGUCAAAAUGGAAGGUUCCCACAUUGAUGAAGCAACUUUAUCUCUUUUGAUCUCUUUUGAUCUUGAUGCUUCGUGUUAUGCCACGGUCUGUCUGAGGGAGAUAAUGAAGCAUGACUUUUAGAACCAUUAGCCUUGAUCUAAUCGUAUCUGUCAUUCUUUAGAAGAGAGGGAGCUAAAAUUUCUGGAGCAUCUACCAUUUACCAGGAGCUUUAUAAUUGUUAUCUCCUGUAAUUACAAAACAUCCUGAGGAACUAGGAAUUUGAUGCUGAUGUUCCAGAGGACAUAGAGCUAGUAAGUGGCAGCGUUUGAAUUUAAGACUGCAAAGCUUAUGUUCUUUCUAUGAUCUAAUGUUUCAGUGACCUUUAUUCUGUGCUAUAAAGUUUACAAUCUUUCUGGACUAUUCAGAGCAUAUAAUACUGCAAGGUAACAUGUAAAAAAAAACAUGUUUGGAGUAAUGUUGAUAUCCUCUACUUGCUUAGAAUGUAGAUGAAACUAGAUUUUAAUGAAAACGUAUGGUUAGAGAGAAAGAUAAAUGAAGCAUUUUGUUAAUUAUUAUUGGCAUUCUCCAUUUUUGAAAUCAUUUAUCAGAAUAAUACAUUAGGGAAAUAUAAUUUCUAUUAUGGUAGCUACCCCGGGGUAAUAUACCUCUUUAUGAGAUAAAUAAUCUUCGGUGAAGAUUGAAAUAAAAUUUUUCAUACAAUUUCCUUA